AUGACGUCGUCUUUAAGAGUGCUCUUCACGGCUAUCGCUGUAGUACUCUUCACUUUAUCGAUAGAGCAAAUGGUUAGCGCUAUCAACUAUGGUGAUUACGUAGAUGGCGGCCAUGUUAAAGAGCUUUUGAGUUUGAGUAAGAGAUGGUCAAGACUGGAGCCCAGCAUCAGGUUUAUCAAGCGAAUGGCGCCUCAAUCGGACUCCAUUGAGAAGUGA